CUUCUGCCUUCACGCUCUUGGCGGUCCACGCCCUUGGAUUUUAACCGGCCUUUCAUCCCCUUAUUUCCGGUGUUCAACCCCCGUUAAAACCUCAAUUCAUCCACCUCAUCAAGGGCGUGAGGUCGCAACGGAUGGUCUUAGCGAGCCAAUUUACGAGUGAUUCAACUCAAUUGGUUAGAAAAUAAUCAUUAAAGUAUAUAUCUAACCAAAUCUUUAACGGUAUUUUAAACUUGUUGAUUUUGAGUGAAGAAGCCCCACUAAAACAGUGGAUAUUAGUGAUAAUAUUCUUCACGAAUGAAUGAAUGAAUAAACUAUGAGUUUACUAAUCGACAGUCUCAAAUCUCACUGUUACGCCAUAAAAUCCGGCAAUAACCCAACAAUAUUCGCAUACAACCAGCUCAUACACUUAUACUCCAAACAUGGCCUCAUCAAAGACGCCUGCAAGCUGUUCGACGAAAUGCCUGACCGAAACGUCUUCACUUGGAACGCCAUAAUCUCCACCCAUAUUAAGUCCAACAACCUUGAUCACUCCGAACUUCUAUUCAACACAGCCCCAUAUAAAGAUUCAGUGACAUACAAUUCAAUGUUGUCAGGGUAUGCAAACAGUGCGGGAUAUGAAACAAAGGCGAUUAAUUUGUUUAAGCAGAUGCAUUCUGUGAGGCACGAAGCGCGUGUUGACGAGUUUUCGCUUACUAGAAUGUGUAACUUGACAGCAAAGUUGGGGAAUUCGUGGUACGGGAAGCAACUGCAUUCGUUUAUGGUGAAAACCGGGAAUUAUAUAAGCGGGUUCGCAGUAAGUGCAUUAGUCGAUAUGUAUUCGAAAAGCGGGUGCUUUGAUGAAGCUUAUAACGCGUUUAACGGCUGCAGUUACGGGUCUGUUGAUGUGGUUUCGAAAAACGCAGUCGUUGCUGCGUGUUGCAGAGAAGGAAAAGUAGAUAUGGCGAUGGAGAUUUUUUCGAAUCAGACCGAGUUAAACGAUGUGGUUUCUUGGAAUACGAUGAUCGCUGGUUAUGCACAAAACGGGUAUGACAAAAACGCCAUUGAAUUAGCUCGUGGUAUGGAACGAAACGGGUUUAGAUGGAAUGCGCACACGUUCACUAGCGUGUUAAACGCGUGUUCGUCUUUAAAAUGUUUGAAAUUGGGGAAAGAACUUCAUGCCAGAAUGUUGAAACAGAUGAUAAACUUGAAUUCGAACCCUUUUGUUUGUAGCGGGAUUGUUGAUGUUUAUUGCAAAUGUGGCAACAUGAAGUAUGCGGAAUUAAUUCAUUCGCGAAUCUGUGUCGAUAAUAUGUUCUCCACCACAUCGAUGAUUGUUGGCUAUUCUUCACAACAGAACAUGUCGCAAGCGCGACGAAUGUUUGAUUCGUUAAAAUCGAAGAAUUCGGUUGUCUGGUCUGCGAUGUUUUCGGGUUAUUUAAACUGCAAUUGUUGUGAAAAUGUGUUUGAAUUAUUUCACAUGUUGAAACAUGAAGAACCAACUGUUGUUCCUGAUGACUUAAUCUGGUCCACCUUACUCGGUGCGUGUGCGAUGCAGGCGAUUAUAGCUCCCGGAAAACAAAUUCAUGGAUAUAUAUUAAGAACCACGAUUCAAACGAACGUUAAAGUAAUAAGUUCGUUAAUUGACAUGUAUUCGAAAUGUGGAAAUGUAUUAUACGCGCAAAGGAUAUUUAGAAGAGUUACGGUUAAGGAUUUAGUUAUCUACAAUGUUAUGAUAUCCGGUUUUGCUCACCAUGGUUAUGAAAAACAAGCGUUUAACGUUGUUGAUGAAAUGGUAAAAGACGGUUUUACCCCUGAUAGAGUAACGUUCAUUGCGGUCUUGUCAGCUUGUCGUCACUCGGGGUUAGUUAAAACGGGUGAAGAUUACUUCAAACUGAUGACAGAAAAGUAUAACAUAACGCCUGAAAUCGAUCAUUACGCGUGUAUGAUUGAUCUUUACGGGAGAGCUAAUGAGUUCGAAGAAGCAAUGGAGUUUAUGCGAAAGAUUCCUAUAGAACUUGAUGUGGUUAUAUUGGGAACAUUUUUAAGUGCGUGUAGGGUUCAUGGAAAUCUUGAAUUGGCGCGUGAGGUUGAGGGUGAACUGUUGAGAGUUGGCGGGGAGAGUGGGACCCGGUAUGUACAGGUGGCGAAUGUUUAUGCGUCGGAGGGGCGGUGGGGUGAUAUGGGGAGGAUAAGGAAGAAGAUGAGAGGGAAUGAGGUUGGUAAGAUUGCGGGUUGUAGUUGGGUUCAUGUUGGGAGUCGAGUUCAUAGCUUUACGUCUGGUGACCCGUGUCGGUUUGAAAAUGAAACUUUGUGUGAUGUUUUGCGGUUUUUGGUUAUGGAAAUGAAGGAAAAAGAAGAGAUUCAAGUGUAUUUUUGAUGUUAUUGAAGUUUGAAGAACUGUUUGAACGCAUGAAUUUGACACAAUAUGGACUGCGUUUAGGUUUAGUCUGAACGGGGUCUAUUAGAGCCGCAGACACGUUUAGCUAAAUGGGUCAUGUUCAAGCCGAGCUUGUGGGCUUGUGGGUUGAUUCGUUUGACCCGAUAAGUUUUAUACUUAAAAUACUUCUUUAUGGCAAAUUUUGAAAGAUAAA